GCGCGACCUUGACUACCUCGCCACAUCCAACGUUCUCAUCCUGGGGGGCGGGGGCGGCUUCUCCGCCGCGGCUGGAGCUCUGCAGGCCGAAGGAGGCGUCAUCCUCCACGCUCGGACACCCGACCUCGCUUUGGAGGGCCUCCCGCACGCCCAUGCGCUGGAGGAUCACGGCAACUUCCGUUGUGCCUACGACCUGGCACCCUUGGCCCAGAGCGUGCUCGGGGAUUGGCCGAA